AUGCCCAUCGCCGUUGCUUCGGCUCCUCGCGGCCACUACUCCCUCGCGAAUGCCAUUCGAGGCAGGAGCAGAGCCGCCUCAGAGGUUGGCCCGGGUCCACAGCCCCCCAGCCACACGGAGCGCGCCCAGCUCCCCAAGGCCGCCUCGUACACGUACUUCCCCCAGGUCAAGGAUCUGGACCACGAGCCCCCCGUGGUGGAAUUGAGGGGAGGCUCUGACGACGAUGUCGAAACCGGCAAGAGCGAAGAGCGCACGUCUGAAAGCCACUCGGGUGGCUCGAGUCCCUCCUCAGAAGAGGCCCCCGAACUCCCUGGCGUGGAAAUGCCGCAACUCAGGCCCAACAACCUCUCGCGUCGCUCCUCGCGAUUCCUCCCUUUCUCCAGCAGGAGCAGAGAGCCAUCCGCUGAACGCAAGACCGACCGCAAGGCCGAACGUGGCCGGACCGACGCUGUGAAGCAAUCAGACUCGCCCGCUGGCUCCCCUUCACGGUCCCUGACCAACCUGCGGAGGAAGUCGUGGAUUGUGAAGGAGCAGCCGCGUGAGUCUCUUUCGCCGGUCAAGGAAAAGAAGCUCAAGAAGAAGAGUCUCGGCGACCAGACCCAGCCUACUACCGAGGCGGCCAAGCGGAAAACGCUCACAACCACAAUCACGACUACAGACAGGAUCUCAGAGGAGUCUGAAGCCAGGGACACGGUGAAGGAAGAGAUUCAACAGCCAGCGCCCGUUGCCAAGAAGAACAAGCGUCUCAGUGGUCUAUUUGCCGCGUCGAGCAGCGCUUCCAACCUGCCGUCCGUCCCGAAAUCCUUCUCGACAGAAAAGCUUCCCCACUACCCGCAGAACCACAACCCAGUCAGCCCGACCCACAUUGUUCCACCCCUACCACGCAACGUAUCUGCGGAGAAGCUCAAGGGAAUCAAGACGGAGCCCCGCAAGAAAGACGAGCUAUGGACUGCAUUCAGAACCUUGGACGGGGAUCUGCGCAAGUUCCAAUCCAAGUCCAGUUCCCUCAAAGCAAACGUCGUCCGCACCGCCCUACUACCCUUCCUCCGACAGUAUUCCUCACAUCCCUCGAACCACAAGCUCAGGCCCGAAGACCUUGACCGGCGAGUGAACAUCCUCAAUGGAUGGUGGACCGGCCUCUUGGAGCUCGUCGCAGGACGGAACAAUCAGUCCAUCUCUGGAACAGAUCGUCCUGUCAUUCUGGAGGGUAUUGCCGCAGUCAUGGAGAGGCCUGAAUGGAGACUGUAUCCGUCUCCUUUCUGUGCUCUUGCCGACCGCGUAGAGACACUGUCUGCAUCUACCACCAGCUCCAACGCUUCUGCCAACUCCGACUUCCUUGCCGAAUCGGUUUACCACAACGUUCGGAACAUUUUUACACAGAAUCUACAAUCUCAGAUGGCCUUUGUUGUAGAAAAGAUGUCGUUGAGGAACGCCGCAGCUAGUCUGGUCACCUUUUGCGGAAAGACGUGCGCGUACGCCUUUUGCUUCUGUCCAGGCGUGGCCGACGUUCUAGUACGCCUGUGGGGUCCCUCUCUAGACAUGAUGAAGCGCGUCAUGGAGGAAUCUGGCGUAUCUAAGCUUGAUCGGUUGGAUGCUGUUUCUGAUCGAGUUGUGGCUGCUUUCCCUCCCAUGCUCCACUCGCUGAAGCUGCUUUCGCUCAACCGACUCCUGCGCCAAUUACACAAGCCUGUGUUGCCCCCGCUCGCUAUGGCGAACCUCGACUGGUACGGCCUUUGGACAAAGCGCUGGUCUGGUGCUGAGAGCGACCUUUUCUAUGUUUUUGUCAAGCAUUUCCAUAUCCUCGUUAGCGAUUUCCUACCUGUCGAGCCCAGCAAAGCGGAGCGCAUCUGCGUGCCAGGACUCAUCAUGGUGCAUGCCCAAAUUCUGGUCAACCUCGAUGCGACCAUCAACAGAAAUGCUACCCCACAACAGCAGGAAGAUCCAUCGACCGCGGCAAACAUCACCUUUGAUGACGUUCUAGAACCCGAUGCUUCCGCCUCGAGUAUCGCUAUUCCACCUGCAAAUGCGACGAGGAUGAUGCAAGAGAAUCGACUUAUAAUGCUAAUCCGGGAUUUCCUCUCUGAAAGGAAUUCGCAUCUUCACAUCGCCAGGCGCAUGUUCGCCGACAGUUUUGCUCGGCUCCUACAGGCGCAGGCACGCAAGAUCUCGAUAUACGACAACAGUGCUUGUUACACACUCUGUGACUUUCUUGAGGAGGCUCUGAUCAUCAUGGUCCGCUAUGAACAGCACGACAGUGACCAACACGCUGUAAUGGACUGGCCAUUCUGGCUUACCGUCUUCAAGGCAAUGGCCGCCAGUCACAACACAGCCACCGAGAUCAAGUUGUACGCCUUCCUUUAUAGCAGCUGGUGUACACUGGUUAUGGACGAGCGAAGAAAGGCUGGGCUAUGCCUUGACUUUCUCCUGGAACCAGCCUUCUUCGAGAGCCGAUUCAACCAUUGGUGUCCUAUGGUACGAUCUUACUUUAUGCGUUUGAUCUGCUGGCGGGUUGCGCGCUAUGACGGAAACGAGACCGAUACUGAGGUAGCCAUUAAGAAGGCUUUGAGCGACCGCCUCCGGUCCAUUUGGUCUCACUACCUUUGGCUUCAAGAAGAAGCUGAGCGUAAGCAGAUCGUAUACCCAUCGACCCAGGCGUGCAACCCUGCACCAGGCCGACGUUUCCUUAUCAUCCGUAAUGAUAAUCCUAUUGUGGCCAACAACGGCCCUUUCCUUUCGUUCGACGGUGUGGUUCAAAACCCCCAUCAGCGAAAGCCAACUCCUGCCAGCACCACCAUACCCGAAGCGGAGAUUCGGCCUGCGUCCGCCCUGUCCGCGGAUUCAAGCGACUUCCCUGAUGAAGACCCCGGCAAGGGCAAGUGGAACAUCCUGCGAAGUCUCAUCGGCGGAGGCUCCAAGCAGACUGCGAAAGCCAAGAGCCCUGCGGCAUCGAUCAAAGAUAAGGAGAAUGGCAGCAAGACGUCGUCUGCUAACUCGUCAACCGACGCACUCUCUACCACUGCAUCUGCGGUUUCAGAGCCCCCUGUGCCUGCGCCAGUAUCGCCACCUUCGACUCAUCGAACCUACAACUUCCGCUUCUCUCUAGAAUGGGUUGACAAGCGCUUCGGCACGUACCAUAACAUGCGCCUCCAACCUCCGAAACUUCCGGCUCCAGCACACAAUCUUUUACAAGCAAGGGGUAUUAACACGGAACCCGUCCUCAGUACCCCUCCAACUGGCGCUGCUGUAACAUCAAGUACCUACGCAGGUCGUGCUCUCGCAGAAUGGACCUUUGUCAGCCACGAGUGCCAGAACUUCUUCGAUAGGAGAAAGAACGAAGGCGUGCCGACGAACCGACAAGUCGAGACACCCACGUUGAACGUCGAAGCGUUUAGACGACCUGGCUAA